AUGACCACCAAACCGUCAGCAGCCCCAUGGGCAGAUGAGCCCUUCAAGCUCAUUCCUACGCCUUCCAAGACGUUGGAUAUUAACUCCCAUUCCUACAUCUACCUAGCCUCCGAAAUGGCCUACUCACACAACUGUCUCCUCCGGGGCCUCAACUCCAUCAUCCUUCAAGCGCCGCACAUCUCGCCAGCGGGAUCCCUGGGGUACUCGGAGCAGGACGUGCGCGACCUGCUGUUCUACGUCGCGGCGUGGGUCAAGACGGUGGAACACCACCACCACACGGAAGAGACGUGCAUGUUCCCUGAGAUCGAGGCCUUUACGGGGCGGCCGGGGCUGCUGGAUGGGCCGAAGGGCCAGCAUGAGGAGUUCAAGUCGGGCUUGGAGCGGCUGCUGCGGUAUGCGCAGGAGACUAAGCCUGAAGAGUACCGGUGGGAAGAAGAAGACGGCAAGGGAGGAGGAAUGAAGAGCAUCAUCGAUGCAUUCGCGCCUAGCCUGACGAGACAUCUGUACGAGGAGAUUGAUGUGUUUCUGUCUCUAGGCGAGUUCGACAGCGACGGGCUGCGGGCCUGCUGUGAUAAGGCCGAGCAGGUGGCCAAGGCGACGGGGAACAUCAGUUUGCUGUACGACGUCUUCCCCUGCGUGCUAGGAACAUGCGACAAGACCUACGAAGGAGGCAACAACUUCCCACCUUUGCCGGGGGUUCUGCCGUACGUGAUCAAGUACUGGUUCGGGGCUUAUAACAAGGGCGCCUGGCGGUUCAAUCCGUGCGAUUUCUGGGGGAAGCCUGUGCCGCUGCAUUUUCUGCCGGAAAAUAAUAAGGCGAGUCAAAAUGAUGAUGAUCAUUGCUGCCAAGUGGUGAUACAUCAGUUCGGAAUAUUCUAG